UCGCGAGCAGAGCUCCGGCUAACGUCCGAAUUGGUUGACGGAACGUGAGGGAGUUUGAAAUCGUCCGGGCGACGUUCGAAUCGGGCACUGAGUGAACGGUUUCUGUAGGUCGGAGUGGUGACAGCACAGACCAGGGGGCUGCUGGGAAGGUAAAUUUCCCUCUUAAAGACUGACUUGUGAAUAGGUGAAACGAAGACUGAACAGGAGUGGACGGGGACGCUUGGAUUGCUAGGCACGUAUACUGUGGCUAAACCCAAGAAACUACACCUGUAGUGUCUCCCACCCAUCAUCCUCCUCUUAACUGAAAAAAGGAUUGUGUGUGUAGGGUUGAUAAGGGGCUUAGGCUGAAAUAAAAAAUGAGCCUGCGAAAGCAAACACCCAGCGAUUUUCUAAAACAGAUCAUAGGGAGACCAGUAGUGGUCAAACUGAACUCAGGCGUGGAUUAUCGAGGUGUUUUGGCUUGUCUGGAUGGUUAUAUGAAUAUAGCACUGGAACAAACAGAAGAAUAUGUAAAUGGUCAACUUAAGAACAAGUAUGGCGAUGCAUUUAUUCGAGGCAACAAUGUGUUGUAUAUAAGCACACAGAAGAGGAGACUUUAGAUGAUGAUGUGCACCAAAUGUCAUGUUUUUUGAUUUUUAAAAGACAAAAAAGUUUAUUUUUUAAGCAAGGAGAAGACAUCCAAGUACAGUAGUUCUUUUCAAUUUUUGGUUAUCUGCAAUAUGCGUGAUCGUUCCUCAUAAAUAAGGAUGAUUGAUUUAUAUUUUCUUGAAGCCUUCAUUUGGUGGUUUUUCAGAAAUGGAUAAUGGCUGUAAUGUAAUAUAUAAAACCGGAAGUUUGAUUCAGGCAAGCACUGGCCUGUUUUGGAAACACUGUGUACAUUUUAAGCUAACUACCUGCUUAGGGAAAAGUGACUUCAUUGCUGACACUGUUGUGAAUAAAGGACUUGAUGUAUGUGUCUCA